UAAAUGAGAGAAGUCAAGGUGGAAAAUAACUACCAAAAUCUUUGGAUCUUGACAUAUAUCAUUAUGAUUUUAUUGAUAGUUCUCACAAAUCUCUCAGCCAUUUAUACCAUUUGGUCCAAUAAAAUCUUGCAAACGUCAACAUAUUACUUUAUAACUUCCCUAUCGAUUGCCUAUUCUAUCCGAGGCUUCUUAAUGCUCCCACUGUAUAUAGUUGCCGCUUUUUAUAGCAAAUAUUACACCUUGAUGGAAAAAUGCAAUAUUUUUAUCAUAGUUUCGUUUAUCAACAGCGUGACUGGUGUAUGUUGCGCUUACACAAACAUGGGUAUAUCUAUCGAUAGAUAUAGAUCAAUCGUUCAAUCAAACGUCAAAACCAAGUUUUCGAGACGAAUAUGUCUCAAUAUGAUAGCUGGAAUCUGGCUUAUAUCUAUAUUAUAUAGUGUGCCAGAGCUGAUUAUUUUGAUCACUAAAAAGAACAAAAAUUAUCAAGAUUAUUUGAUAGAUAAACAAGAACCCCAUGUCAUAGAAUCCAUUCAAAUAAAUUCCGACUUUUCCAGGGUAGUGAUAUCCUCGAACCCACAACUACGGAGUCAUAAUAUACCCAAUGAAUUAUAUCUUUUGAACUUUGGGAGGAAAAGUAAGGCGGACUUUUAUAUGAUCUCAAACUUUAAUCAGAUCAAUUAUGGGGAUACAUUCAAUGCAAAUUUAAAUAAAACUUUUGACCCCAUUGAUACCAUUUUUGAUGAGGUUUGGACGUAUAAUAAAAUUACGAAGAUUAAAAGAGCCCAAGAAAACUCGAACGAAAUAAAGAAAAAACUUAAGGACUUGAUCAUAUCGGCUUCCAGCGAUCGACCGAAUGUUCCCGCGAAAGAUUUGAUAUAUAAUGACUUAAAUGAGCUUAUUAUUUUUGACCAGUUAUGUGUUAGCAAUGAUACAACUAUCCGCAAAUACGUGUAUUAUUGUCGUAAACCCUUAAAUAAAUAUGUAAGAUUCUUGAACAUCAUGUUUUCAUUCGUAAACGAUUCAAAACAAAUUUCGUUGUCUUCGUUCAAUUCCCAAGAUUCUAAAAAUAAUUUGCCACCCAGUGCCGGUUAUCCUAAUUCAACAAAAAAAUUAUCUAUUAUCUCGAAGUACAACAGCUCAACUAUCAUAUAUUUGCAAAUGUAUAAAAGUCUUCCAUUAAAAGCGGAAAAGUCUCACAUAAUAAACUUUGAAACUGGUUUCGAAUGUUUCCUAAGUAACAGAGAAAAUAUAAUUAGCGUAGCGUUGCAAAUGAUAGUCGGAUGUACCCUUCCACUGUCGGUCGCGAGUAUAUUAUACGUCCACAUUGUUUGCUACUUAUGGAAAAACAAUAUCAAAAUUAACUCUAUAAGGGCGAGAUGUAUUAGAGCUUUACAAAUUUUGGCCAUUCAAAGAAGCUUAAGGGCUAUUAAGAUGAUGAUUGCCCUCCUCAUUUUAUAUUCCAUGUGCUCCGUCCCCUUUUACGUUCUAGCCAUAUUGGAGUUGGUGGAUCAUCUAGAUUUUUCCUUUAAUUACUUUCAUCUCCACAACAUAUUAAUCCUCACGGAUCACUGGUUUCACGUCGGCCUUUACCUAUAUUUUAACAAGACUUACCGAAAGGCGUUUUGCCGAACGUUCGAACAAUUAUUUUACUACUUAUAUACGUUAACCAUAAGCACUUUCAGAUCUUCGUGUAUAUAUCAAGGACAUCAUUCGGAUCAGGAGAGAAAGGUAUUGUUACGAGAAUCAAAGCGAUAUAAGGAGAGUAAAAGUCAUUUGUAUAGUACUCUUGGGGGAGAUUUGGGAGAUUUAAAAAAUGGACAUUAUUCAAUUGAGAACACUAAAGAUUUUAGAUUUAACCGUGUCAUAAACGACGUUCUGAACAUGAAUCCGACAAUAUUUUUGAAUCACAAUAAUGUCAGAUAUCUGGAUUAUAGAUCAAACAUCAGAAUUAUGAAAACUACUGAUAAUAGUGCCUUAUCAGAUGAUAUCGAAAAUCAACAAAUUAGCUUAAAAAAUUUAGAAUUAAACACUAAUACCGAAGCGUCCGACCUUCACCCAUCCAUAGAUUUACAAUAUGAUAAAGGUGUUCUAUCGAUGCAGGAUAAAGAUAAAAAAAAUGAGAAUUCUCAUGGGUAUAAAAUAGUAAAAAGCGAACAAAACACGAAUAGCGGUAUUCCGCAUGAACGAUGUUCAAAACGCAUCUAUAAAAAGCAUGAAUAUAACCCUCUUACACAUAUUUUUUCAAAAAUGUCAUCGAGAUAUAAAGAUAAAUCAAUCGCUACUAAUAAACCUUGCAGAAUAUCCCCAAAUAAUAUAAAUUUCCUUCGUAUAUUUAAAAAGACCAACGAUCAAAACAAACUCUCUGUACCUAAAAUUUAUGUAACUGCCGCUGAUAACGAUGGAAGCGAUCAAAAUGACGAUUAA